UGACUUUAUGAAAGUUCAGAGCGCGGAAGUGAAGAGAAACUUUCGCAUGAAUCUCUUCAAAAGAGUGAGCGACUCUUCCCGGGUUUGUCUGAGGAUGAUGAUGAUGAUGAUGAUUAUGAUGACACGGAUCCGUUAGUGUGUCUGAGCCUGAGGAAAUAUUGAGGUGUUUUGUGAGGCUUUAUUUCAGGUCUGAUAAUGGGGUUGCCGACUCUAGAGUUCAGUGACUCUUUUGUGGACAGUCCGGAUUUUAGAGAGAGACUUAAAUGUCACGAGAUCGAGCUGGACCGAACCAACAAGUUCAUCAAAGAACUGAUUAAAGAUGGACACCAGCUGAUCUGCGCGCUCAAGAACCUCUCAGUAGCCGUGCAGAAGUUCUCCCAGUCUUUACAGGAGUUCCAGUUUGAGUGCAUUGGUGAUGCAGAAACGGAUGAUGAGGUGAACAUUGCUCAGUCCUUCAAAGAGUUUUCCCAGCUGCUAAACACCAUGGAAGAGGAGAGAAGGCGCUUGAUACAGAAUGCUGACGACGUUCUGAUCACACCCUUGGAGAGAUUCCGGAAGGAGCAGAUCGGAGCAGCCAAAGAGGGAAAGAAGAAAUUUGACAAGGAGACGGAAAAGUACUAUUCCACAAUGGAAAAACAUCUCAAUCUGUCAUCCAGAAAAAAGGAAUCAGCUCUCCAAGAGGCUGACGCUCAGAUUGAUAAGGAAAGGCAGCUCUUUUAUGACGCCUCGCUAGAAUACGUCUUCAAAAUCCAGGAGGUUCAAGAGAAGAAGAAAUUUGAAUUUGUCGAGCCGCUCUUGGCCUUCCUACAGGGUCUGUUCACAUUCUACCAUGAGGGUUAUGAACUCGCCCAUGAAUUCGAGCCCUACAAACAACAGCUACAGUUUAACCUGCAGAAUACAAGAAACAACUUUUUGAGCACCAAGCAGGAAGUAGAAAUGCUGAUGAAGAGAGUUCGAUCUGCAGAUCAGGACCAGAAGCCCCCGGGCCAGUGGACUAUGGAGGGAUACCUCUAUGUCCAGGAGAAACGACCAUUGGGGUGCACAUGGACACGGCAUUACUGCACAUAUGAGAAAGUUAAUAAGACCUUCAGCAUGUGCAACACAGAGGCGAAGCCCACAGCUAAACAGAAUGGUGUCAUGUCAAAUCCCCCAGAGAAGUUCAGACUGAAGUCCUGUAUUAGGAGGAAGACUGACUCGAUUGAUAAACGCUUCUGUUUUGAUAUCGAGGUUGUUGAAAGAAAUACCAUCUAUCGUGGAUCUCUUUUCAGACCACUGCAAUUUUUCUGUAAAGCCCGGCAUGGCAUUAUCACGCUACAAGCGCUGUCGGAGUCCAACAGGAGACUCUGGCUGGAAGCCAUGGAUGGCAAAGAGCCGAUCUACAAUCUCCCUGCUAUUCUGAGCAAGAAAGAGGAGACAUAUUUAAAUGAGGCUGGCUUUAAUUUUGUGAGGAAGUGUAUACAGCUGGUGGAGGUGAGAGCAGGGCUCAACACUAUGGGUUUGUACAGAGUCGGUGGAAUAAACUCCAAAGUGCAGAAGCUCAUGAUCACAGUCUUCUCACCCAAAGCUGCAUCAGAUAUGGAUCUGGACCCAGACACAUGGGACAACAAGACUAUCACCAGCGGCCUCAAGAAUUACCUCAGGUGUAUGUCUGAGCCGCUCAUGACAUACAAGCUCCACUCUGACUUCCUCAUGGCUGUCAAAUCUGAUGAUCAGAACUACAGAGUGUGUGCAGUUCACGCGCUGGUGCAUAAACUACCUGACAAAAACAAAGAGAUGUUGGAGAUUUUAAUCAAACAUCUACUUAAUGUGUCCGCUCACAGUGAGAGUAACAUGAUGACGGUGUCCAAUCUGGGAGUGAUCUUCGGCCCUACGCUCAUGCGCUCACAAGAGGAAACCGUUGCUGCCAUGAUGAACAUCAAAUUUCAAAACAUUGUGGUAGAAAUUCUCAUCGAAAAUUUUGAAAAGAUAUUUCAUCAGGCGCCAGACACUAAUGUUCCCCUGCCGCAGCCUCAGUCUCAGGCAGGGUCUCGCAGGAGCAGAGCCAUCUGCCUCUCAUCUGGACCUCGCAAACCCAAGAGCCUCUACACACCCUCACUGUGCCUGGCUGACGCGGACAGUGAGUCUUACACUACUAGUGAUACGUUCAGCAGUAGUUCGGGCAGCACUCCAAUCGGUAGCAUGGACUCCCUCUCCUCACACUCCUCAGAGCAGAACAGCUCCUCCAAAACCUGCUCCUCUCCACCGCCCAAAGACAAGCCCCCGUUCCCCGGCCUGCGGCAGACCCCCACCUGCACCAGCAGUCCCGACUCCAGCUCCAGAGAGGACGCUGCACGUGUGGAAUGGGACUCCUGUGGUGUGAACUCAGCUGCCAGAUCUUCACCAGCACCAGCAAAGGCUCCUCACUCAGUAGGAAUCAGACCCGCACAGCUUAACCGCUCCAACGCCCCAUCUCUAAGAUCUUUACAUAUCACAGAAGGUCCUAAGAGCUGUGUGGGGUCUGUACAGAGUCUAGUGUGUAUGGAUCAUAAAGACGGGGCCAGAUCUUCCACAUACCUCGAUCUGCCUCCUAAAACAAUCCUACGACGAAAGCUGGACAACAGCGGCUCUACGAACGGCUAUCAGAGACCAGGAUCAGUGGUGGCUGCUAGAGCACUGCUUUUUGAGAACCCAUCAGCUGGAAAACCUCCUCCCUUGGGAAGAGAUGCCAAAGCCAUAUAUUCCUGUAAAGCCGAACACAGCAAUGAGCUGAGUUUCCCACAAGGGGCUCACUUCUCCAACGUGUAUUCCUCAGUGGAACCAGGCUGGCUUCAGGCAACGUUUGAGGGCAAAACAGGACUCAUUCCUGAAAACUACGUGGUGUUCCUCUGACAGCAUCCAACCAGGAGAGGCCAAGCUUUUCAUGGUAUCCAUGGUAACAUGAAUUUUAGACCAAGAGCUUAAAGUAUAUAUAAAGCAUUAAAUGAUUUGUAAGUGAACUGUAAGGAUAUGACAUUAUAUGACACUGAAUAGUAAGAGAUCAUGUAUGGUACACAAACCUCAAUGAUACAGUACAAGGCCUCAAUCGCAGCUGUAAUUCUUGAAUUCUGGAAGCCGGACUGAAAUCAUUGAGUGUAGAUGCACAAAUUUAGAUACACUGAGGUCAGGAGGUGCAAUGUACCGCACUAAAUGAUCAUUUUAGGUCUACUGUGCGGUGGAAAUACUGCAAUUCUGUCAUGAAAGACCAGCUUAUUGGUCUAAGGCUGCGUUCACACUGCAGGGGCUUAAUGCUCAAUUCCGAUUUUUUGAUAAAAAUCGUUUUUUUUGCAAGGCCGUUUGUGUGAACGUGAACGCAUAUCAAUGACGAGCGGGUCGGAUACAUGUGACCUGGCCGAUCAGAUUGAAGUCGCAUUUCAAAAGAUUGGAUACAUAUCGGAUUUGGACCAUAUACCCAAGUGGCCUGGGUCGCAUUUGAAAAGAUCGGAUCUGUGUCGUUGAGACUGUCAUAAAAAGAUCAGAUACAGGUCGUAUAGGGACAAAAAAAUCGGAAUUGGGUCGUUUCAGUCUGCAGUGUGAACGUAGCCUAAGAGACAGACUUUCUUUUAUUUUAGCUCAAUUCUUAUAAUUUUGAAAUGAAGGGAAAGAAGGUUAAACGUGUAUACGUUUGUGUGUGUGGUUUCUCAUUCUAAAAUGACUUACUGUUGUCAUAAAUGUUCAGAAGUCUGAGACCACACUUUAAGGAUUUUGAGCAUUUUUAACAGAGAAACUAGAACAAAAUUACUACAAAAUAUCUCAGAUUCUGUUUUAUUUCUUGCUGACUAAUCAAUUGAGUAAAUGUGGUCAAAUUUUCAGCUUAACAAUGAAGCAUUUUGAACAUUUCAAAUCAUGCCGGAGAAUGUGAUCGGGUUUUGUUUAUGUUGCUUGAAUAACUAUAAAUAUAUGAAUAAAUAUAUUCAUAUAAAAAUAUAAAUAUAUUUAUAUUUAUAUAAAUAUAAAUAUAUUCAUUUAUCACAUUAUGCUGUUCAUAUAUUUUUUUUAAAUAAAAAGGAAAAAAAAGCUAAAUAUUUUUACUAGUGGUCUCAGACUUUUGGACCCCAUUGUGGAAUUUUACAUGCAGAACUGAAAUCAGACACAAAAUAUUUUAUGUAAAAUUUCAGAAAAGUAAAAUGUUCCAAUUCUGUGCUGAAUUAUCAGCAUCCUUGGAUCACUGCUUAUGUUAUCGCAUUAGAGCAAUGGAACUAAGUGUUCUAGUUAUUUAUAAUUGAAAUGUAUCACAUUUUCUAAUACACACAAAAUGAUUCCUAUUCCUGAAAUGUUUGGAAACCACUGGCUUGGGAUAGCAGUGGAUGAUGCCUCAGUUUGGCAUCCAGGUCUUUACAAAUACCAAUGAAACAAGUCCAACUGUAAUAACUUCAUUGUACCAGAAGUUUCAAAUGACACCCACUGUCAGUGUCAACAACACCAACAUGAUACAUUCCAGCCAUUUUGUUGAAAAUUGUGUUAUGAUUACUGAUUGAAAAAAAAAACUAAAUGAUAGAAAUGUAUAUACUGUAUGAAUGAUUUGUUUUGUUUUGCUUAAUUCAUUUUGGUUCAUCAUUAAAUUUGUUUACAAAAUGAGA